UCACAUGAAUGUUUUGUUGCGAAAGCUCAGCUGACAGUUUCAUGUCAAAUUUCACGGGUCUUGGUUUGCCAGCUGGAUCUCAAGUGGCAGAUUUCCCUACUAAAUAACAACGAGAUAUCCCCGACAGCUAUUUUAAAGGCGUCAAGACGACCGUGAUCUGGGAACGUCUCACGCCAAAUGAUUGUUAAGAAUCUCCUGCAUAGCCAUUAGCCAGUCAUGCUGCGAUGGAUACUCGGUGGUCGGGAAGCACAGGGGUCUGUCGAGAAAAACCCUGUGCUAUUCAUUGGGGAGGAACAGCCCAAAAACUGGUUCACUGAACUGCAGGUGCUAAAAGGACAUUUUGACAUUGUUCGAUUUCUGGUGCAGAUUGAUGACUUCAGGUUUGCGUCUGCAGGAGACGAUGGUCUGGUGUUGGUGUGGAACGUUGAGACAGGAGAGAGGCUGCUGGAACUAAGGGGUCACUCCCAGCAGAUAACGGCCAUGACAGCCUACACACACACCAGUGGAGAGAACACACACACCUCCCUCAUCACAGCUUCCUCGGACCGCACCCUCAGUCUGUGGGACCCAGAGACAGGCAACAGGGUUCAGACCGUCUCAGACCUCCAGUCCUCUGUCAAGUGUCUGCUGGUGUUGGAGCGGUUGUGUGUGUGGGUGUCGGGAGGAAAUGAGUUGUGUGUGUGGAACAGAGACUUCCAGCUGCAGUGUCAGAGCCAGCACCACGACGACACAGGAAUCAGUGCCACGGUGGAGUUGCCUAAGAACUGUAUAGCAGCAGCUAUGGACAAAGAGAUAGUGAUUUUCAGGCUGACCAUGUCCACAGGGUCCCAGUUGUCUGUGGCAGAGGUCAGACGUCUAUCUGACCACCAGGACAGCAUCCACGCUCUCAUCAACAUCAAUGAUGGCCUAUUUGCCAGUGGGUCCCAUGUUGGCGAGCUGAUCCUGUGGGACGCUGUUGAUUGGACGAUUAUGGCCUAUGAGCACAUCCUGUGGGAGGAGUCUCAGACCGACACCCAGGCUGAGAUCCGAUUGGCCGCUCCGAAACCCAGUGAGAUGUCCAUCCAACAGCUGACAUCCGAUGGAGAGCUGAUGGUGGCUGCAGUGGGCAGUGGUCUGUAUGUGUACAGCGUCAUCACUAAGAGUGUUGUGGCCUACAGGAAGACAGCCCACGACUCCAACAUACUACACACCAUGCUGCUGCCUGAUGGGGGGCUGAUGUCGUGCUCCGAGGAUGGCAGUGUGAGGAUUUGGGAGAUGCAGGACCUCCUGUUACCUGCAGAACCAGCCUCUGCAGGGUUCUUUGGGAUGUGGACUUUCGGCAGGUCCAAUAAGCAGGCGGGGCCUCCGGUGAAGAAGGUUCUUGAACUCCCCAGUCUCAGAACAUUGGAACUGACGGGCGACCUGAUUGGACACUCAGGGGCCGUGCAGAUGUUUGUGAGUUUUGGGGAGAAGGGUCUGGUAACAUGUUCUACAGACCACCUGCUGAUUGCAUGGAAGAACAGAGAGAGAGAGUCUCACAUCCGCAGUCUCGCCCUCUUCAGAAAACUGGAGGAGAACGGGGGGCUCUGACCCCCCCCACCUGUCAGUCAUUAACACAAUUAUUUAUGAUUUUACAGAACACUUUCUACUGGAAGUCAAGGUUUUAAAGAGGGUGGAAUGUAUUUGUUUCUAGGUGGUGUUAUUUCACUGUCUCUGAGGUUCAUGGAUGUGUCUAUGUAUAUAUGUACAAUGUGAUGGAUAUUUCUUUAACAUGUUUGUUGGUUCGGUGAUUUUACAACGUGUGAAAUUCUGUUUCAAGUCUUCAAUUUUAAUCUGAUGUUCUUAUAUAUGCCUGUCUUCAAGUUGGUCACACAUUUAUUUGCCAAAUGUCUGUAUGGUUAUUUGAACUAUUUUUACCCCACAGUUGCUUGUUUUUUAAAGCCUAAAAAUAAUGUCACAAAUUAAAGAUACAACUGGUCACAAACACCA